CGGCGCGGGCCGGGAUGGAGUGAGGGGGCGAGCGGCGGAGAGAGCGCAGCCUGCCGAGCCCCAGCCCCCACCCCCGCCCCCCCCCCCCCACACUACUUUCUCUCUGGCCCGGGCCUAUGCGGCCCCCCAGAGACCAUGGGAUCCAGGAUCAAACAAAAUCCGGAAACUACCUUUGAAGUGUAUGCAGAAGUAACCUAUUCAGGAAUCAGUUGUGCUGGGAAAGAUCCUGAGGUGCGGAGGCAAUUCCCAGAGGGCUACAGUGACCAGGAAGUUCUACAGACUUUGACCAAGUUUUGUUUCCCCUUCUAUGUGGACAGCCAUGCAGUUAACCAAGUUGGGCAGAACUUUACAUUUGUGCUUACAGACAUUGACAGCAAACAGAGAUUUGGAUUUUGUCGCUUAUCUUCUGGGGCCAAGAGCUGCUUCUGUAUCUUAAGUUACCUCCCAUGGUUUGAAGUCUUUUAUAAGCUGCUCAAUGUCUUGGCAGAUUAUUCAGCAAAAGGACAGGAUAGUCAAAGGAGUGAGCUCCUAGAAACAUUUCAUAAACUUACCAUCCCUGAGCCAGGAACCUCUGUUCAUCUUGGAGUGCACUCUUACUUUACGGUGCCUGACGUCAGAGAGCUUCCUAGUAUACCUGAAAACAGAAAUCUGACAGAGUAUUUUGUAGCAGUUGAUGUCAACAACAUGCUGCAUCUCUAUGCCAGUAUGCUGUACGAACGCCGCAUCCUCAUUUGUUGUAGUAAGCUGAGCACUUUAACUGCCUGCAUUCAUGGGUCUGCAGCUAUGCUCUACCCGAUGUUCUGGCAGCAUGUUUACAUUCCUGUUCUGCCCCCACAUCUAUUGGACUACUGUUGUGCCCCAAUGCCCUACCUCAUUGGAAUACAUUUAAGUUUGAUGGAGAAAGUAAGAAACAUGGCCCUGGAAGAUGUAGUGAUUCUUAAUGUAGACACCAACACACUGGAAACCCCUUUUGAUGACCUUCAGAGCCUUCCUAAUGAUGUGGUUUCUGCACUGAAGAGCAGACUGAAGAAAGUUUCUACCACCACUGGAGAUGGUGUCGCAAGAGCGUUUCUAAAAGCACAAGCAUCUUUCUUUGGAAGCUACAGAAACGCCCUGAAAAUUGAACCUGGUGAACCCAUCACUUUUUGUGAAGAAACAUUUGUGUCCCAUCGUUCUGCUGUCAUGAGGCAGUUUCUUCAGAAUGCCAUUCAGCUCCAGCUCUUUAAGCAGUUCAUUGAUGGCCGUCUGGAUCUUCUUAACUCUGGAGAGGGCUUCAGUGAUGUUUUUGAAGAAGAGAUAAAUAUGGGAGAAUAUGCAGGUAGCGACAAAUUGUACCACCAGUGGCUCUCUACAGUAAGGAAAGGAAGUGGAGCCAUUUUAAAUACAGUAAAGACCAAGGCUAACCCUGCCAUGAAGACUGUCUAUAAGUUUGCAAAAGAUCAUGCAAAAAUGGGAAUAAAAGAAGUGAAAAACCGCUUGAAGCAAAAGUCAGCGUUAUCCUGUAGUGUCUCCUUUGUGCCCCUUACCCUUGACCAAGAGUGUCCCUGGCCAUGCUAUUCACCUUUUCCUACCAUACAGGACAUUGCCGAGAAUGGGUGUUCUGCAACAGCAGAGGAAGCUCUACCAAGGACGGCACCUUCGCCAUUGGUUGAAAAGAAGGACCCUAAAUUAAGAGAAGACAGAAGACCAAUCACAGUGCAUUUUGGUCAGGUUCGCCCACCAAGACCUCAUGUUGUUAAGAGACCCAAGAGCAAUAUUGCUGUGGAAGGACGAAGGACUUCAGUUUCUAGUCCAGAACACCUUGUAAAGCCCAUGCGACACUAUACAGUCUUCCUCUCUGAGGACUCUUCUGAUGAUGAAUUUCAGCAGGAAGAGGAUCCUGUCUCUGGCUUCUCUGAAAACUUUUUCUUCUCUGCUCCUUUUGAAUGGCCUCAGCCAUACCGGGCCCUGAAAGAAUCGGAUAGUGCUGAUGGGGAAGAGGCAGUCAGUCCAGAAAAAUCAAAAGAGCCUCUGCCUCCAAGCCCUCUGCUCUCAAGUAAGGCCACAGAAAUCAACCUCCUUGAAGACAUUUUCCCUAACUUAGAAGUAGAAACACAGCCUCAGCCUCUCAGCCAAGCUAAGAGCCUAGAAGACCUGCGGACUCCCAAAGAAGAGGGCGAUCAGCGCUGCACGUUUGAUUAUCAGAGAAUGGAUCUUGGUGUGUCUGAGAGGAACAGGAUUGUGCCAACCAUGAAGCUGUCUCACCCUUACAACAAGCUGUGGAGUAUGGGUCAUGACGAUAUGGCUAUUCCUACCAAGUAUUCCCAAAGCUCACCGGAAAGGCCCCUGACCGCGCUGGGGAACAUGCCGCCCAUCACAAGGAGACCCCGGAGCAGGGACAGCAUUCUGGCCCCUGCAGAAAAGGAGGACUCAAACCCUGCCAUUCAAGGGAACAUCACCAUUCCUAGGCCACAGGGAAGAAAGACUCCUGAACUGGGGAUAGUGCCACCACCACCAGCUCCCCGGGCUUCCAAGCAUCAGACGCCAGCGGGGCCGACGGAAAUUCUCACCACCCACACUACAGGACGUAGCCCUUUGGUGUCAGAUCUUAUCCCAGAGCCCUUUGGAGUUGGCAGUGUGUCCUUAGACCCUGAUGUCCAGCAGUCUGUAAAUUAUUCCUCUCAUCCGUCUCAGCGUAUGUCCAGUGCUACCAGCACUGCUGAGAUGCUCCAACCUGUCAAGGUGAAGACGGAGAGUACAGGUAAUGAAAGCGACUACCUGCUUAAUCUCCUGGAUCCGUUAAAAACAGCCAGCUGGCAAAGCAGUGGCCCCCAGCAAGGUCCCCGUAGCCUGCAAAGCGCAGCCACUCCACCUUCUGCAGCUGGCUUUGUCUCGGUGGCCAGUGACUUUGUGUCUCCCCCAGCUGCACCAUUUGUCCAGGCACUUGGUUACCCCUCCCCAGCGCCACCACCUUUCUUACAGCCAUCUCCAAAUCCAUUUACACACACAGUGCCAGGAGCCCUCGCAGUGUCUCUCGUUAGACCCCCAAGGGGCUCUUUCACCCCCUCUUUAGGGCAUGCUUAUAGCUCUAGCUUCAUAACACCCAAUUCUAGCUUCUACCCACCACAAAGACCUCAACCAAACAUUUCAACACUAUCCAUGCCAAACUUGUUUAGCCAGGCUCCAGCUGUGCCACCAGCUAGCUCCUUACUGCUGCAGAGCCAUGGCCCUUCUCCCACAAGCUCUCUACAGCCAGCGGGCUUCAGCGGUCCUUCUAAACCCAGAACGUUACAGGUGGGCCAGUCCAGCUCUAAGGUAGAUCCCAAACAAGCACUAGCUCUCCUGUCUAAUGAACCCCCUUUGAUCCCCUCCAGGCCAGCUAAGGGCUUAGAGUCAGUGUUACUAUCCUCAAAAUCUGAGGAGACAAAAGAUCCAUUUGAAGAUUUGUUAAAAAAGACAAAGCAAGACGUGUCAUCCACACCAGGUAAGGUUGAACAGCUCAGAAAGCGAUGGGAAACCUUUGAGUAAUGCUUCUGAUGGCCUUUGGAUGUCCCUUUGGCAUUGACAGAGGGCUUUUUUUGUUUUUUUUUUUGAGCCAGCAUAAACCCAAGCAUCUCUUUUAUGGAAGGCUGAGCCAGGAUAGCUGCAGGACCAUCACCGUGCUGCAAUUCACACACAGUUCAGAGUCCCCCCCUGUCCUGGUCCCUGCCACUGCUUCCUCACUCUCCGCCACUGGAAACCCCGGGGACUCUUGCACUGACCAAAGCACGAGGGGGGGUUUGGGGUUUGGGGGGGGGGUUGGGUUGGUUUUCCACACAUAGCUUUUCAGACAGAACUACUGAGGCAGAAGCUACUCCUUCCCUUGUAUUUUCAGCCCUUAGCACAGCCAGAAGCAUGGCACAUUGUACUAGUGGAUUUUUCCUGCCUGUGGGAAUGGUGUUCAGGUUUUUUUGCAUUACACAGUUAGCUAUAAUGUUUUGCUUUCACACGUAAAGUGCAGCAAACAAAGCCCGAGAUGUGGGCUGCACCGAACGAAUCCAUUAGGCUCCGAGUGUGUCCUGUCUUGAAACAGAGACGGUCAUUUAGGUUAUGCUUUUGGAUGAGCUUUUGUUGCAGAUUUUUGACUUCCCUCCCCCAGUACGCUGACACGGAGAGGUAAUGGGGGCCUCUCCGGUGCAGAAUCGUCAUAAUUCCUUGUUGCAACAAAACCAUAGCACAGAGCAGUUGCUCAGGGUUUGGUCCUGCAUCUCUGUUGGGAAACUGGAAACACCAGCAAUUGUUUCUCUUUUUUGGGUUUUUUGUUUAUUUGCUUGUUUUUGUUAAAUACAUCAGAAAAUAGAGGCCAUAAAGAAUAUCCUAGUUCUUACAUAUGUGUAUGUUAAUAUUCUGUAUAAAUAUUACAAAUGGCAGUAUAUGAAUGGGAUGUAACCAUAUCUUACUCGAUUAUUACAAAUAGCAAAGAAAAUGGGGUACGAAAGUUCCCAGCUCCUGAGUUCAAGUUAAAUGCCAGAGCGCUGCUGGGUUCAAGGCGCAGGGCCGGGGGGGGGCAGAGCCAGCCCCCCAGCUGACUGCAGUGUGGCCCGCGGGGCGCUGGGCAGCUCCAGCCUGGGGAGCCCCCCGCGCUGCCCCCCCGCCGCUGGGAACCGCUUGCUGGUGCAGCGAGACAGUAAGUGGGCUGUGAAAUGGACUCGGAGGCCGUGAAGUACAGAAACGGAACGGAGAGGUUAAAGGGUACGUUCAUUCGGAGUUUCUAAGACACUUCUCUGGGGCAACAGUAUUCUCAAGAAAUUUCAUCUUAAUCUUAGCAUCCCUUAUAAAACCUGCUGUCUUUGCAGUGAUCACUCUUGUUUUACCUAAGUGGUGCUUUUUUUGUUUUGUUUUGUAUUUGGGCACAAUCUGAUGUAAAACAUGUUACUCUAGAAGAGGGAAUCAUGUCACCAUUAAGCCUUUGAUAAAGGAAAUCAUUUUGGACACUUGGGGAAAUUCUUGUAAAGCUUUAUCUGAUUUCCAAUGUAUCUAUUUUAUUCAUAUAAUCUUGGAAGUUUUCUUACUCCAGUGUAUGAAAAUGGCUGUCUAUGCGUUUGAGUCUGUGCAAUACAAAAGAAAAAUACUCUUAAUAUCUGAAACGCCAACAGUUUGGGAAAGACCAUAGUAUUACAUUAAUAUUAUACUUCUGUAAAGUACUGUUACUCUGACAAGCCAUUCAGUUGGAUUUGUAUUUUCUUUUUGUGUUGGAAGACAGAUGGUUUUAGUACUGCAUAGUAAAAUAUUUAAAGUCUAA